UCGCUUCAACAUUUACAAGAGUGUAUAACAUAUUUCUUGCUAUUAUCAACAAUAAAGUGAUUAAAAGUACAGCGAGGUGCAUCAAUACUCAGUACUAUUAUCAAUUGUAACAAAAUGUCCUUAGAAAAUUGCCGGAGACAUCCUAUUAUCAUUUCGCCGCCAAAAGCUACCACAAACCCUGAUAAAGCUGCCACGCUUAUCUUUCUCCACGGCUAUGGUUGGUCUGCCGACCAGUUCAACCAGCAUCCUCCAAACAGAUUAUCUGUAGCUCAUCACAUCCACAAGUCACCUUCACUUCAACAUCUGAAGAUCAUUGUUCCGGAAGGGUUACCAAAUAAAUGGCCAAACCCAGGAAAACAUACAUGGUACAACAUUGACCAACCCGUUCCCUCUGCUGGCGACCCUUCAAAGAUUCACGAGUUCGGACAGCAUAAUUCUGACGUGCGUGAUAUUGAAGUCUCACUGGACUACUUUGAGUCUCUCAUUGAUGCGGAGGUUGCAACGGGUACACCUCCAAACCGAAUUAUUUUCAUGGGCGAUAGUCAGGGCGCGUCGAUUUUGUACUUAUUCCUACUUACGAGACAAAGGGCUGCGGAUCUGGGAGCUGUGAUUACAUGGGCAGGAUUUUCUGCAACGCCAUUAGAAACUAUAGCUCAAAUGCAGGAAAAGAAUGGAUUGUCUGCAAGUUGGGCGAAAAAUACCGUAUUGUACAUGUUACACGGCAAGGAAGAUGUUUUUGUUCCUCUGACAAGGGCUCAAGCACUUAUGACUACGCUCGAGAGUUAUCGUGCUCUUGGUCAGGGUUUCACGACUCUUGAAUGGAUUGUCGUGGAUAAACUGCGUCAUUCCUUGGUUGAACCUGUUUGGCCUUAUAUUCGACGGAUCUUGGAAGGCUUCGUAACGGAGACGGAAGGGGCUUCAAAGUUGUGAAGCUCGUGGACAUCUUUUUGCCAUGUAAAUUAAGAGCAUGUUUCAGAAAUUUAUACUUGCUGGAGAUUUUCUUGCUAAGAGAAUGAUUAUGAACAUUGCCAAACACAAUGGACUCCGCUUUAUGAAAGCAAGCUGUACGGACUAAUGGUGCAAAAUCUGAAAACGAAUCAAGAAGCAAAAGAAUAAUGAAAGUAAGAGUAGUUAUUUGAGUUGCGAUGUAAUGUCUGAAUAAGGGCAUGAAAAUUAGUGUUGAGAUUGGGGCGAGGAUUUUGAAGAAUGCUAUAGAUUUCUCUUUAGACAAAGCUGUGUGAGAAUAAAAAGUAAAAAAAAUCAGAAACCCUACUGGGUGUAGAGACUCAGGGACAAACAUCUUAAAGCAAACUCCGAUCUCCAAUAUGAAGAUCCGAAGGGUACAAGAAGCACAGGAAAAUGUUCUACCAGAGAAUUGAAUUUGAGUUGUAAAUCAGAAAGGGAUCUAUAAGAUAU